ACUGAAUGCAGCCAACGGGUCAUUCUUAGUGCGCAUGUCAGUGGGUUUAUUUACAUAUUGAGCCUGAGAUGAUAUCCAGGUGGUAGGUCUUACAUCGUUUAUGCUCAGGAGGUGUGUCUGGCGAGCAGGAAAGUGAGAGCGACGGAACCGGGAGAAAAGGAAAUCGUAAACUGUUCAACCAGAUGGCCAUGUCGAGUGUUGGGGACGAUAAUUCUUUGUCACUAGUGAGGAGGAGAUUGUAAGCAAGAGAGAAGAAAGGGAGAGAGAGAGAGCGAGAGCAAGAGCGAGAGCGAGAGAGGGAGAGAGAGAGAGAGCUGCGAUCUUGAAAGAGGCGCGACUGGGAAGGAGUUUCUCACUUGCCUCACUCUGCAUACGUGGGAUCGAGAAGAAACAUGGAAAUAAUGAAACAGACGCUAGGAAUUCUAUUCCUGCUUGUGAUGACCUGGGACCUGACAGGAGCGGACUGUCCGGCGAAGUGUCAGUGUUUCCAAGCUAACGUGCGUUGCAUGAUGCAGAAGUUGGACUCCGUCCCCAAAGUUCCCCUUGAUACCACCGUCCUGGAUUUGAGGUUCAACAAGAUCCAAGAGCUUCCGCCCGGAACAUUCAAGGAAUUGAAGAACCUCACUACCCUACUCCUGAACAACAACCAUUUGACCCGCCUGCAGAAUGGAGCCUUGACUGGCUUGAAGAACCUUCGCUUCUUGUAUUUGUACAAGAACCGUCUAAAGGAAAUCGAGCCAAGUGCCCUUCGUGGGCUGCCGAAUUUGGAAGAGCUGCAUCUGCACUUCAACUCCUUGACGGAGGUGCUCCCGGGAACCUUCGCUGAUUUUCCUUCUCUUCAGAAGAUAUUCCUUCAAAACAAUCAGCUGGAGAGGAUCUCCGAGAAAGCUUUCGGCAAAGUUCCGAGUCUCACCCAUUUGCGUUUGAACGGGAAUGCCCUCAUUUGCGAUUGUCACUUGGGAUGGUUGCCGGAAUUCCUGCGGAGACACGAGAGCUCAUCUCGCGUUCAAGUCUCUGUCCCGUGCCACGGGCCUGAAAACCUCCGUGGGAAGUCGCUUCUCUCUGUUCCCAAGCACGUCUUUCAAUGCGAGAAGCCUCCGACCGGCGAGGAAAAGCCUGUCCUCAAUGAAGAGCCUUUUGAUAUUGAGGUCAAUGUGGGAGAGCCUGUCUCCCUCAGAUGUUCUGCAAGCGGGAAUCCCAGCCCAGAAAUCUUCUGGAUGCACAACAGCAACAUGAUCCUGCCAGAGGAAGAUCCUCACUUGAAGGUGUUGCCGGAUGGUACGUUGAUGAUUCUAGAAACCCAGGACGAGGACAUGGGAGAAUACGAGUGCAUGGCCAAGAAUGAGAAAGGAGAAAUGCGAUCCCGGAGAGUUCGAAUGACAGCCAAGUCUUCGCCGCCUCCCAUCGAUAACUCCCUCAUCGUGGAGCUUCCAGAACAAGAGAGGGAGAUCCAGAACAAGAGUAUCUGGUUUGUGAGGAGACCAGAAAACGAGGAAGCAAUAGAAGGAGAAGGAAUUCAAUUGGAUUGUAUGGCCAAAGGAAGCCCCGAGCCAACCGUCCAAUGGCUCAAGGACGAUUCCCCUCUUCCGCGCAUCCCCAAAUACAAAGUAGGAGUUGAAGAGGUGAUAUUGCAGGUGCUGCCUAGUGGAUCCCUGAUGAUCUUGGAGGCAUCUUUGGAAGACUCGGGUCUUUACAAUUGCGUUGCUGUCAAUAACCUGGAUCGGAUCUCGGCUACCGCGUUCCUUCGGGUACUCAGCCCUCCAAAACUGAAGAGGAAUUCCGAGGACCAAGUGGCUGGAGGAGGAGACACGGUCGAAUUCCUUUGUUUGGCUAUGGGGACUCCUGCACCCAUCGUGUCUUGGAGCCGAGACGCCACUCAUAUAGUCCCUGACGACCGGAGAACCAUCUCUGUCGGAGGUCAAGUGCUGCGAAUCGCGGGCGUGAAACCGAUGGAUAGUGGAACGUACACGUGUAAGGUGGAGAACUCCGUGGGGAUAUUGGAGCAUUCUAGUAAACUCAUCGUGGAUGGGAUGCUGCCACCCAACAUCGUGGCUCCACCCCCGCAAGACCUAGAAGCAGGCAUGGGGACCGAUGUUUACUUGCCUUGCCAGGCUCAAGGCCUACCGACCCCUGUGGUGGUUUGGAAGAAGGAUGGACUUGUCAUGGGAGAAGACGUCAGGCACAGGAUCGUUGACGGGAGCCUUUAUGUGUACAAUUUAUCAAAAGACGACGCGGGUAUGUAUGAGUGUGCAGCGCAGAAUGCCAUCGGAUCGGUAACGGCUCAGGCUCGCAUGAAAGUCACCGAUCAGGUUGACGAAGCCAGCGAAGAGUUUCUGGCCGAAAAGGUGAACGAGGUUGGUGAAAACGUCAGGGUUGCUCUUCAACAAACCAUCGCAGACUUCAACCAAACCCGGCUACGUAUCUCCGACCUCUUUCACGCUGCUCGCUUCCCCACCAACGCUUCACGGGCUUUAGCAGUUGCUGGUGAAAUUUACGAACAGGCCAUCCUGGUCCUCCAGGAACAUCUCCUGUCAUCUCGACUCGGUCAUCUCGUCAGCAAAGAUUUUUUGUACGAGGACUGGCUAUCUAGAAGGGAGCUGGAACUCCUGUCAAACUUGAGUGGGUGCAACAUGCAUCGGCCCAUGGUGAAUUGCUCGGACAUGUGUUUCCACUCUCGAUAUCGGAGCUUUGAUGGAACCUGCAACAACAUCCGACAUCCUUUGUGGGGUGCUUCUCUCACCGCUUUUAAUCGGAUCCUCCAGCCAGUAUAUGAAGACGGCUUCAAUGCUCCGAAAGGUUGGUUCAAGGACAGAAGAUACCAUGGCCGGGAUCUUCCCAGCGCCCGAGAGGUAUCGUGGAAGAUCAUCUCAACCCGGAAUGUGACGGAGGAUGCCAUUCACACUCACAUGCUCAUGCAAUGGGGUCAGUUCUUGGAUCACGAUUUAGACCAUGCCCUUCCUUCCAUCAGCACACGAGCCUUCAGGUCCAAGGUUCCGUGUUCCCAGACAUGCACGAACGAGCCACCAUGCUUCCCGAUUGCAAUUUCGGGUGAUGACCCUCGCAUUCAGAAUCGCCAAUGCAUGGAAUUCAUCCGAAGUAGCCCGUCUUGUGGUUCGGGCUUCACCUCCUUUUUCUUCCCGAGCCUUCAACCCCGAGAACAGAUCAAUCAACUCACGUCCUUCAUCGACGCAUCUCAGGUAUACGGAUUCAGUGAAAGGGAAGCGAAUUCCCUGAGGAAUUUUUCGACGGAUUCGGGUCUUCUUCGCGUAGGGCUUCAACUGCCAGGUCAGGAACCUCUGCUUCCCUUCAGUCAUGACUCUUUCAUGGACUGCCGACGAAACCAGUCGGAAAGCGAAAUCCAAUGUUUUCUGGCUGGCGAUAUCCGUGCCAAUGAACAACUAGGUCUCAUUGCAAUGCACACUCUUUGGAUGAGGGAACACAAUCGAAUUGCCACACAGCUCAAGGGAUUCAAUUCACAGUGGAACUCGGAAAAAGUCUUCCAAGAGGCGAGGAAAAUCGUGGGAGCCGAGAUGCAACAUAUUACCUAUAGUCACUGGCUCCCGAAACUCUUGGGCCCGAAAGGGAUGGAACAAAUCGGCGAAUACUCCGGUUACAAUCCCAAUGUGAACCCAUCCAUUGCGAAUGCGUUCGCGACUGCAGCCUUUCGCGUCGGUCAUACCCUGAUCAACCCCAUCCUGAUGAGGUUGGACGGAGACUUCCAACCCAUCCUGGAAGGCCAUAUCCCGCUACAUAAAGCCUUCUUCUCUCCUUGGAGAAUCGUUGAAGAAGGCGGGAUCGAUCCUCUGCUUCGAGGCCUCUUCGUUUCCCCAGGCAAGCAGAAGAGAUCCGACCAACUGGUGAAUUCAGAUCUAACGGAAAAGCUUUUUCAGCAAGCACUUCAAGUAGCAUUGGACUUGGCCGCGAUGAACAUUCAACGAGGCCGUGAUCACGGCCUCCCAGGCUAUAAUGAUUGGAGGCGAUUCUGCAAUCUGACUGUGGCAAGGAAUUUCCUGGAACUCCGCUACGAGAUCAAAGACGAGACCCUUCGAACCAAGCUGGAAGAAAUCUAUUCCCAUCCAGACAAUGUGGACUUGUGGGUGGGGGGUUUGGCGGAGGAUCCCCUGCUUGGUGGGAAAGUGGGCCCUACCAUCACCUGCCUCAUAGCUCAACAAUUCCAAAGAUUAAGAGAUGGUGACCGGUUUUGGUAUGAAAACCCAGGCGUCUUCAAGCCCGAGCAGCUGAGCCAGAUCAAGCAGGCGAAUCUGGCUCGAAUCCUGUGUGACAAUGGCGACAACAUUAGUCACGUUACACGGGAUGUCUUCCUUCUCCCUCACAUUCAAAGGGAUGGUUUCCUCCCUUGCCAAUCACCUCACAUCCCCAUCGUGGACCUUCACUUUUGGGACGAAUGUUGUCCCGAAUGUGACGAAGACGCAGAAGAUGGACGAUUGAGUAGAAAGAAGCGCAGAGCUCCAGGAUUUUCAUAUCAAGAGGACAGACCAGGGCCCGAGGAGGAUGAAGAGGAUGUAAAGGAGAUGAGGAUCGAGGGGAUCGAGAGCAUGCUCUUCGAAUUGCGAAAGACCAUCAGCAAGCUCAACAAGAGGGUCAGGAGACUGGAAUCUCAAUGUCAAGGGCAAGUGAGAUCAAAGGAAGGCCCAUCCUGCAACGACGAGAGGGGAUUGGAACGAAAGGAGGGAGAGAAAUGGAAGAUCGAUAAAUGCACCAAAUGUUCAUGCGAGGUCAAUCUUGAUUCUCUACCUAUUCCUUAG